UUUGAUUUCCAUUUCAAUCGAUAUCUCACUUCUGUUUGCGAAUUAAAGAUCUUUUUUAUUAAUAAUUUACUUAAAUUAAGUGAUUUAUAGAGAUGUGGCGUUUGAAGCAAUUAUUUGCAAUUUACUAUAAAAGAUCACUAAUGGCAUCCGUAGCUAUCAUUGGCGGCACUAAUGUGUGGCAAAAAAAGAAAGGCUAUUUACUAGAGAAGUGGCCAACUGUUGGCUAUCAAUGGAGUUCAACUAAACUGUUGAGGAAUGUAUACCUUUCGGGACCAAUUUAUUCUGAUCAAUGGUUCAAAGCUUUUGUCACAAUUAAGCCGUAUUACGACAAUGAAAACACUACUCUCGAUAACACAUUGGGUUCGGGAUUCAUAGUAGACAAAUCAGGUCUGGUGCUAACAGGGCUUAAAACACUAAAGAGUUUUAAUACGGUUUCAAUUGAAUUGAACGACACGACAAAAUUGACCGGUCGUGUGGUAUACACCAAAUCGUCCCUUAAUUUGGCACUAAUUAAACUCGAAAGUGCCAACAAUUUAUCAGUAGUUGAUUUUGAUUUGACUCAAAAUAAUAUCAAAGUGGGUACUCCAAUGAUCUCAAUUGGAAAUCCCCGGAUCGGUAUGAAAAACGCCAUUACCGAAGGUGUGGUUAGUUUUCCUAAAAGAAAAGGACGGCAAGUCGUCGAAAGUGAUGCGACAGUGGAGGUCGAUAAAGAUUACAUCCAACACACAGCACCCGUCAAAACUCAAGAUUACGGAAGUGCUAUUGUCGAUGCUGAAGGUCGUGUCAUUGGUAUGAAUGCCUAUCAACACACACUUCAAAUUAACUCUGCCGUAAGAGCACCUGAUUUGAAAGAUUUUGUCGAUGAAUAUCUAAAAGUCAGCCGAAAUAAUAGCACACUCUCUCACACCGGUCUUGUGUUGCAUUGGAUCGAUUCGUCGUCAAAGAAAGACUUUCAUUUACCGAAUCUUCCCGAAGACAUGAGUAAUAAUAAUAGAGAAAAUGGUUUAAUUGUUUCUGCCAUUAGUGCUGAACAACAAUUUAAUCAAACAUUGAUGUAUCAAAACUCUGUGCAUAACUCCUAUGAGAAACUUCAAGUCAAUGAUUUGAUUAUUAAAAUUAAUGGCAUCGCUAUUAAUUGUGUCGAAGAUUUAUAUUUUAUUAUGAAUUCCGAUUGUAACCAAUAUUUGGUAUCAUUUAUCAGAAGAGGUGUUCAAGAAAACGGUCGCAAUUUAGUCAAACAUACGGUCGUUCAUAAACUUUUCAAUAAUACCUGUUCGGUCUAAAACACGUCUA